GCGGGCUCUCGGUGCUGCGGCCGGCAGGCAGCGAUGGCGGCCGUGCGGGGCCUGCGGGUGUCGGUGAAGGCAGAGGCCCCGGCGGGGCCGGCCCUCGGGCUCCCGUCCCCUGAGGCGGAGUCCGGCGUAGACCGUGGCGAGCCGGAGCCCAUGGAGGUGGAGGAGGGCGAGCUGGAGAUCGUGCCGGUGCGGCGCUCGCUGAAGGAACUGAUCCCGGACACAAGCAGAAGAUAUGAAAACAAGGCUGGCAGCUUCAUCACCGGGAUUGAUGUCACCUCCAAGGAAGCAAUUGAAAAGAAAGAACAGCGAGCCAAGCGCUUCCAUUUUCGAUCAGAAGUAAACCUUGCCCAAAGAAAUGUAGCCUUGGACCGAGACAUGAUGAAGAAAGCAAUCCCCAAAGUGAGACUGGAGACAAUCUAUAUUUGUGGAGUAGAUGAGAUGAGCACCCAGGAUGUCUUUUCCUAUUUUAAAGAAUACCCUCCAGCUCACAUCGAAUGGUUGGAUGAUACCUCCUGUAAUGUAGUUUGGCUGGAUGAAAUGACAGCUACACGAGCCCUUAUCAAUAUGAGCUCUCUGCCUGCACAGGAUAAGAUAAGAAGCAGGGAUGCCAGUGAGGACAAGUCAUCUGAGAAAAGUAAAAAAGACAAGCAGGAAGACAGUUCAGAUGAUGAUGAAGCUGAAGAAGGAGAGGUUGAAGACGAGAACGCAAGUGAUGUAGAGUUGGACACGUUGUCUCAGGUAGAAGAGGAGUCUUUGUUAAGAAACGAUCUUCGUCCAGCUAACAAACUUGCUAAAGGAAAUAGGUUAUUCAUGAGAUUUGCCACAAAAGAUGACAAAAAGGAACUUGGAGCAGCCAGAAGAAGUCAGUAUUACAUGAAAUACGGGAAUCCAAAUUACGGAGGCAUGAAAGGAAUUCUUAGCAAUUCAUGGAAGCGAAGAUAUCAUUCCCGUCGUAUUCAGCGGGACGUGAUCAAGAAGAGAGCCCUGAUUGGGGAUGACGUUGGCUUGACGUCGUAUAAACAUCGGCAUUCUGGACUAGUGAAUGUGCCUGAGGAACCCAUUGAAGAGGAGGAGGAGGAGGAGGAAGAGGAGGAGGAGGAGGAGGAGGAAGACCAGGACAUGGAUGCAGAUGACAGAGUGGUGGUGGAGUACCACGAGGAGCUCCCGGCUCUCAAGCAGUCCCGAGAGCGGAGCGCAUCCAGGCGGUCCAGUGCCAGCAGCUCGGACUCAGACGAAAUGGACUAUGAUCUGGAACUGAAAAUGAUUUCCACUCCUUCCCCAAAGAAGAGCAUGAAAAUGACUAUGUAUGCUGAUGAAGUGGAAUCUCAGUUGAAAAACAUUAGGAACUCCAUGAGGGCAGAUAGUGUAUCUUCAAGCAAUAUCAAAAACCGAAUUGGUAACAAACCACCACCUGAGAAAUUCGCGGAUGUCCGACAUCUGUUAGAUGAAAAACGCCAGCACUCGCGUCCACGGCCACCAGUCAGCAACACUAAAUCAGAUAUACGCCAGCGGUUAGGAAAAAGACCGUAUUCUCCAGAAAAGGCUUUUAGUAGUAACCCAGUGGUUCGGAGAGAGCCCUCUUCUGAUGUUCAUAGCAGGCUAGGCGUUCCCAGGCAAGAUAUUAAAGGCCUCUACGCCGAUACUCGGGAGAGGAAAUCAGGUAAUUUAUGGACUCGCUUAGGAUCUGCACCCAAGACCAAAGAAAAGAAUACGAAGAAAGGGGAUCACAGGCCACCUGGCGCCGAGGAAGACGACUCCGAGCUGCAAAGGGCGUGGGGGGCUCUGAUUAAGGAGAAAGAGCAGUCUCACCAAAAGAAGAGCCGGUUAGAUAACUUACCAUCUCUCCAGAUUGAAGUUAGUCGGGAAAGCAGCUCUGGUUCAGAGGCAGAGUCCUGAUGCCCCCGGGGCCUGUGGCAGCUGCCCUAAAGCCUGACAUUCGGGCACGGGGUGGGGCGCAGUAGCAACCUCCCCCGCAGGAGCCCAGGAGCCGGCGCCCUCUCGCCCCUGCUCACACAGUCACCCUCAGCUCUUGCUGCUUCGGCAAGGCAUCUUAAGAAUGUGACACGUUUUCAAGGGCAUCUCUAUCUCGCUGCAGAGUUGUAGUUCUGGGCCCUCGAUUCUUUUCCCACCACCCCACAGGCUUUACCCUUUGAGAAAAAGGCAGCCCUCCAGAUUUUGUAGACAUUUUUCUUAAUAUUUUUAACAUUGUGUCUUUUAAAAGAAAUGUUUUACACAGUUCAUCCAAAGAGCAGAGAACUGAACUUCUCACUAUUGCCUUGGCCCUGACAGCUGUUACCAGCACCCUUUUCCCAAGAAAAGUCAAUUCCCAGGUGCUUAUUGGACAUCCUUCGAGGGGGAAGAUGAGGGAAGCGGCCAGCUCACCCUUCCGGGGCCCUAGUGUGGGGGCGAAUCUCAUGGACCUGACCUCAGAGGUGCACCAGUGCCGCCAGGUAGAUCAGAGACGCAGCAUUGAUUGUGCUUCCGUUCCACCCUCGGGAUUGCUCAUGUUACAGGCCUCUUACUUGCUGUCAGCCUGAUGUGAAGAUCAAGUUCAGUGCUAUGGGAUUUUUAGGAACAAAAACCUGUGACUUCUGGAUUUGGGGUUGAUUUUUGUGCUAGGGGUGGGAUUAUGGGUUAAUGUUGAACAAUUUAUAAGUCUGUAUUACGUUUAAAACACGAAUGAUUUAAAAGUUUAAAUUUUUAAUUUUUAUAUGUGGAAAUUCUUCCUGUUGGCUAAAGGGGAAGCUCAAGUGGUGUCUUCUUUUGUGCUGUUAAAUAUAUAUUCUAUUCUUUGGAAGAAGGCAGA